AUUCAUUUAAAUUUCAAAAUAAUAAAUAAAAAAAUUUAAAAAUAGAUUGAAAAAUGACAUCCACCAUGCGUCAAUCUUACCGUCUAUAUUCAUUUAUUUUUGUUUUGAUAAAAUAUAUUCAAUUAUUAGCAUACAUUAAUUUGAAACACUCUAUAUAUACUCUUCUAGAGUACUCUAUUGCGCCAAACAAAGAUAUGAGGAUCUUCACAAAGCUCUCUGCACCACUCUGCCUCCUUUUUGUCUUCCUCUGUCUUAAAACUGCCUUCUCAUCCUCUAUACAUGCUUCUUCCUUCUCAACAACACAUCGUUGCUCUCAUGAGGAGGCUCUUGCUUUGCUGCAAUUCAAGACAUCCUUCUCCAUCAAUUACACUGUUCCUUAUUCAUAUUAUUGUGUGGAAAGUUAUUCUAAGAUUGAGUCAUGGAAGGGAGGUAUAGACUGUUGUUCCUGGGAUGGGGUUAGCUGUGAUAAUGUCACAGGCCAUGUAAUUGCCCUUAAUCUCAGCUGCAGUUUCCUUUAUGGCACCUUUCCUUCCAACAGCACUCUUUUCUCCCUCAGAAACUUGCAGAGCCUCAAUCUUGCCUUGAAUGAUUUUAGGCAUUCCAAGAUUCCAUCGGAAAUCAGUCAGUUUACUAGGCUAAAGCAUCUUGAUAUCUCUGAUUCUCGAUUUUCGGGUCAUGUUCCGGAAGAAAUUGCUCACCUCCCCAAGUUACUUUCUCUCAAUCUCUCUAAUUAUCAAAUUUCUUCUGACUUGAUCCUUGAAACAACUACCUUCAAAAAUCUUGUUCAUAACUUGAGUGAGGUGAGAGAACUUGUACUUAAUGGAGUGAACAUGACAUCUGUUAAUCCUCGUUUCUUCAUGAAUCUCUCUUCUUCUUUGACUACUCUUCGUCUUUUUGAUUGUCAGUUAAGAGGAAAUUUUCCAAACAGUAUUUUCCGCUUUCCAAAUCUCAAGAGAUUUAGUUUAGGUGGAAAGGGAAACCUCACUAUUGAUCUUGCAAGUUCCAAUUGGAGCAGUCCUCUCCAACGGUUGUAUUUAGCUGAUAUGGAUUGUGGAAGGCGAUUGCCAGAGUCUAUAGGAGAUCUAAAGUCAUUACAGUAUAUGAGUCUUGGCUGCAACUUGGAAGGUUCCAUUCCAGCUUCCAUUGGGAACUUAUCUCAACUUACUUACCUAAGCUUCGCUCAAAACAAUUUUAAUAGACAAAUCCCAACAUCACUUUCAAACCUCACACAACUUACUAGCCUAUACCUCUAUUCUAACAAUCUUAGUGGACAAAUCCCAUCAUCACUUGCAAACCUCACCCAACUUACCUUUCUUAGCCUUUCACUUAAUCAGUUUUCUGGUCCCAUUCCAGCUUCCAUAGGUAACUUAAGGCAACUUACUAGCCUAGAGCUCUCUUCUAACAGUCUUAGCAGACAAAUCCCAGCAUCACUUGCAAACCUCACACAACUUAGUGAUCUUGAUCUUUCAAAUAAUCAGUUUUCUGGUCCCAUUUCCUUUCAUGCUAUUAGGUUUUCCAAACUAACUUAUCUAGACUUAUCUUAUAACUUACUUAAUGGCAUGUUGCCACCUUGGAUUUUCACCCUACCUUUGUUAGAGCAGUUGUGUCUCAGUCAUAACCAAUUUCAAGGUCAAAUAAAUCAAUUCCAGCAGAACUCACUCAUACGACUAGAUUUGUCGAACAAUAAACUCCAGGGCUCAAUUCCUAACUCAAUUGUUAAUUUAGUAAAUCUUAGUUAUCUCGAUUUAUCAUCAAAUCAUUUUAGUGAUUUAGUAGAAGCUGACAUGUUCUCGGCACUUCAAUAUCUGGAAAUCAUCUUUCUUUCAGACAAUAAUCUGUCCUUGAGAAUGAAUGUCAAUGCCAACUUCACAUUACCCAUACUAGCUGAUGUUUCCUUUUCUUCUUGUAACUUGAGUGAAUUCCCCAAUUUCAUAAGACAUUCAAAUGGUCUGCAAAGCCUAGUGCUAUCCAAAAAUAGCAUUCAUGGAAAUAUUCCCGACUGGAUAUGUGAAAAGGAUGAUCUCCAAAUUCUUGACCUUUCUCAUAACAAUUUAAUCGGGAAGAUUCCAAAUUGUCUUCCUAAGUCUCUCUCAGUGUUGAAUUUGCAGGCCAAUUACUUUGAUGGAAAUAUACCAUUUGGGUUUCCAGAGGGCUGUGGAUUACGAAAUCUCAACUUACAUGGAAAUCAAAUGGAGGGCUUAUUACCAAAGUCUUUGGUGAAUUGUCGCAUGUUAGAGGUUCUAGACAUUGGCAACAACAACAUAGAGGACACAUUCCCUCAUUGGUUGGAAUCUCUACCAGACCUUCAAGUGCUGGUCUUAAGGUCCAACAAGUUCCACGGUUUUGUGCAGAGCACCAAAGAAAGUACAUCUUUUUCCAAGUUACGAGUUCUGGACCUCUCCGGCAAUGAUUUUCUUGGUCCUUUGCCUCUUCGGUACAUGGAAAAUUUUAAAGCUAUGAUGGACUCUCAUGGAGAGGAUGGUUUCCCUGAAUACAUGGAGACGCCAAGGAGAUUCAAUUUUUAUCAAUAUUCAUUGGUUGUGACAUGGAAGGGAUUCGACUAUGAGCUGCAGGGAAUCUUGACCAUAUUCAGUAGUAUUCAUCUCUCAAAUAACAAGUUUAAGGGAGAAAUUCCAGAUGUUAUUGGAAAGCUUAGUUCUCUCAAAGGGCUUAAUCUUUCUCAUAACAACCUUACUGGUCAGAUCCCACCGUCACUAGGGAAUUUGAGGAAUCUGGAAUGGUUGGAUCUCUCUUCCAACGAGCUGGCGGGGAAAAUUCCUGAUGGAUUGGUAUCUUUGACACAACUCUCUGUAUUGAAUCUUUCAAAUAAUCAUCUUGUCGGGCGCAUACCGCAGGGCAGUCAGUUCAACACCUUUGGAAAUGGUUCUUAUGAAGGAAACCUUGGACUGUGUGGAUUCCCAUUGUCAAAAUCUUGUGAUGGAAUUGGGACACCGCCGAGCUCCUUCCUAGAAAAAGAUGAGUUCUGGAGAUUGGGCUGGAGGGUUGUGGUGUUAGGGUAUGGAUGUGGAGUUGUUUUUGGACUGCUGAUGGGAUAUCUUGUCUUCCGAACAGGAAAACCAAAAUGGUUUGUGUCUUUGUUUGAUGGCCGACCAAGUCAAAGUGGAAGGAAGAUGAGGAAAGCCAAAAGACUUGUUCAAAGAAGAAGGUAGUUGCAAAGUUGAUGUUUUAGAGCUUCUGAUUUAAUGUUUCCUGAAUAAGUGCUUUUCGGGUUUGAAGUUGUUGUUAUGGCUGGCAUUGGCUUGUCUAAAAUUGUCAGCCUUCUCUUGUCUUUAUUAUGCUUUGUAAUUUCGUCUUUCUUUAUUAUAAAAUAUAUUUGCAGGU